UUGUGCGUCUAUUAUUAGGCUAAAAAAAAAUUAUACAACGUGCCACCCCUCCUUAAAAAAGAUGAUCACGUAGCAUUACAAAAUCAAAUGCGUUGGUGGUGCAAGCCACCCGCUUUAUAGGGCUUUUUCAGAUCGCGAAAAUCCGACUUCCAGAAAUCUGGCAACGCAUGCGUUUUGUAGUUUUUUCCGUUUACAUGGCAAAGGCCAUAAGAAAUCUAAGUGGCUUCAAUAAAAAAAAUCUAGUGUUUUUAAUUCGGAAUAUUUCUUCAAAAAAAUUACACAGUGCUCUAGAGAAAUGAGGGUGUGUUGUGUAGUUGGAUGUGGACGCAAGUAUAAAAGAAACGAUAAAGACAAUAAUCCUAAGUUCUAUUCAAUCCCAAUCGUUAAACCCUGCGACCCAUUAACCCAAUUGAGAAGGAAUGAAUGGCUGAAACGAUUGAAUCUGUCAGAAAGUAGUGUAACACCUAAAAUAAAAGUUUGUUGUGCACAUUUUGAGUCAGGAGGUCCAAGUUAUCACCUGAUGAAAAAGGAUGUCGAUUGGGCUCCUAACAAGAAUCUUGAGCCACAAUCAAAAGGAGAUGCAGUGGCUCAGCGAGCCAAACGCUUCAUUAAAAUCUCUAACCUGCCAAAGCCUGAAAAAAGGAAGAGAGAAACAAAUUUGUCAAAUACACCAGCUAUCAGCUUAUCUCUGCCAGUUGACACACGCUUGGAAGUCUUGGCAGAUGAUGCACAAGUUGUGGAGACACCAGCCCACUCAGAAGGAACUGAUGCUCAAGAAGUUGACCUCAGUGAAGCAUGUAAUGUAUCAAUGCUGAAGCAAGAAGUCGCAUCCCUUUCAGCUCGUGUAGCUUUGCUGGAAUCACAGAAGCGUGACCUCGAGUUGGCCAAUCAAGAUUUAGCUGAACGAUUGGCUGACUUGGCUACGAAAGCUCAAAUGCAGGGAAAAUUAUCAAUUUUUAAAUGAAAUUUUAAUUGGUUAAAAAUUCACAUUUUCAAACUAUAAUAAAGACUGAUACA